CGAAGUCUCAGCUAAAUCGAUCGAGCCAGUCGAACCAUCGAACUAUUCCAAUUAUUUUGUCUAGUCAAUUGUCUUAUGAAAUAUUACUUCAAUAUUUCCGUUUUUAUAAAAAUAUAUAAGUAUGCGGUUGUUUAAUUUGUUAACGUUAUUCAUAAUAUUUGAGGCCUCGUAUUCAGUACUCAGUACAAAAAGAUUUCGUUUAGGUAGAGGAAAUGGAGGUAAUCUUGGUGCUCCCGGUGGUUAUGACGGAGAACCUUUGCCACCGGCACGGUGGUUUAAGCAAAAAUUAGACCAUUCCACACCGACAAAUGUCCAACUUUGGAAGCAGCGGUACUAUAUCAACGACACAUUCUUCGACUAUGACAAUCAAGGCCCUGUGUUCCUAAUGAUCGGCGGUGAAGGACCAGCUGAUCCUAGAUGGAUGGUUAGAGGUGCUUGGAUUGAAUAUGCACAGAAAUUUAAAGCCUUGUGCAUAAAUUUGGAACAUCGUUAUUAUGGAGAAAGUCAUCCAACUGAAGAUUUAAGUACCAAAAACUUACAAUAUUUAUCAUCAUACCAAGCUCUGGCAGACUUAGCUAAUUUUAUAACUUCAAUGAAUAUGGAACUGAGGCUAAACAAAGAUAUAAAGUGGAUAGCAUUUGGUGGUUCUUACCCAGGUUCCUUGGCUGCAUGGCUGAGACUAAAAUACCCUCACCUUGUCCAUGCUGCUGUGUCUAGCAGUGGUCCAUUACUGGCUAAAGUCAACUUUAUGGAAUAUUUCGAAGUUGUGGUUAACGCAUUACGAGAGAAAACUGGAGGCGAAGAAUGCGUCGAACAGUUAAAAUUAGCGCAUUAUCAAAUCGUCACACUGAUACGGACUAAUCCAGAAAUUAUUGAAAAGGAGUUCAAGCUAUGCAAGCCAUUUUCUGAAGCCACAACGAACGAUAUGAAGAAUUUCUACAAUUCAAUUGCAGACGAUUUUGCGGAUUUAGUGCAAUAUAACGAGGAUAACAGAAUUGGUGCUGAUAAGCGGUAUUUGAACCUCACAAUAAACACUGUUUGCAACAUGAUCACAGGCGAAGGGUCUGACCCUGCUUACAAGAAAGUUGCAAAUUUUAACUCUAUAAUCUUAGAAAAAACUAAUCAAACAUGUCUUGACUACAGUUAUGAUAAUAUGAUUAAUGAGUUGCGUAAAGUGUCGUGGGGGUCUGAUGAAGCACGACAGUGGACGUACCAAACAUGUACAGAAUUUGGCUUUUACCAAACAUCUUCAGGGGAAGUUGAAGUUUUUGGAAAUCUCUUCCCAAUAAAUUUUUUUAUUAAACAAUGUCAAGAUAUAUUCGGAAAUAAGUUUGAUCAAAAUUUCAUUACAUCGGCUGCCCAUUGGACCAAUGCUUAUUAUGGUGCUUUGGGUAUAUCUGUAAGCCGUGUUGUCUUUGUACACGGAUCAGUGGACCCCUGGCAUGCAUUGGGAGUUACAACUACUGAAACUAAUGAUACACCUGCAAUCUAUAUACAUGGUACUGCUCAUUGUGCUAAUAUGUAUCCUUCAAGUGACAAAGAUUCAAGCGAAUUAGUCGAAGCAAGAGUGGAAAUUGAACAAUAUCUCAGUUCCUGGAUUAAUUUGCCUUGAAUGAUAGUACCAUUUAAUCAUAAUAGAAUUUGCCAAAACAUUUAGCUGCUUAUGUAUAGACUUAAGAAGUUACUUUAUCAGUAGUAUGUGCCAAAUACAACGUUACUAUGGGUUGGUUACUAUUCAUUAGUCCAUUGGGUGUACAGCUGGUAUCUAAUCAUUUUUAGGAAAAUGACGAUGCUGUAUUUAGUCACAUAUAAAACAAUGGAAUCCCCAAUAUUAAUUAGGUGUGAUAUGUUUAAACAAAAUAGAAUAUAUACUAUAGUACUUAAAUAAACUGUCUCAUAUAUAACUUACUAUAUAUAAAAAAUAUCGCUACAACAUAGAUUUGUUCUGCCUUUUCAUUAAUCAAAGAACAUGUUGUCUGCGUCGUAUAUGAUUUAAUUACUGUUGGCUAUGAUAAGCUAGGACAGAGUGCUUUCAUGACAUUAUAAGAUUAGGAGGUAACUCAAUAUUUAAUAAGUAAUGGUAACAACUUGUAGAAUGCAUUGUUUUGUACAAAUAAUACUCAUUUUGUUUAUAUUUCUAUCUUAAUGUUUACUUUAAAGAAUUUCUAUUUGAAUUUAUAGCUCUCCAUUUAUAAACUAUAAGUUAAAGUUUUACGACUAACAUCGAAUGAUGGAUCUCUACAUGUUAUCUCGUGUUGAUGUGUUUUGGGAAGAUAUAGUAGCUAUUAAGUACCAUUAAAAGUCUGUACAUUAAUAAUGUAAUAAAA